CUGAAAAACCUGUUUAAGAACUUUAAAUCGAUGAAAUUAGUUACAUUUGACGUUCAGUCAUCUAUCAUCUGUUGAACAAGUCAAAGCUUAGAAUUAUUGAGGAAGUACAGUGGAAUUUAAGUUGCUCAAUUCAAGUACUUACGAAAAUGAUGAAAAUUACAUUAUUUUUCAUUAUUUCAACAACUUUGGUCAUCACAAAUGGAGCACCACAGCAUGAUUAUCACACAAAAGAUCAAAACCUAGCCUACAAAUUAGGAAUAAGAACCACAAAAGGAAGUUUUAAAGAUCACAGCAACGAAAGCUCUGAAGAACAGUCUGUUGAGUCUGACGAACAUCAUCGAAAUCAUGACAAUUAUGAAGACAGUCAUGAAGGCUCAGAUGAAUCUGAAAGCUCAAGUUUAGAGCAUAAAAUUGAAAACUUGAACAAACAUUUGAAUAAAAAGAUGAACAGAAUUACAGCUUCAAACAUUGCAAAAGGUAAAGAAGCAGCAUCUAAAGGAAACACAGAUUCUCAAAAUAGAAAUACGGAAUCAAGUCAUGUCGAGUCAAAGCAAACGGAAAAUGAAAAUUUCAACAGCAUUAAACCAAAUGAAGACAUGGAAGGGCCAAAUGGUGCUGGAAACACUAAAAUCACUCCUCAAGAUCAAGUCACUGAAGAUAUAUUCUCAAUUUUAGACCAAACAACAUCUAGACAAACAGGAGAUAAAGCCUUACUCGAUCCUAGAAUCACAAAACAUCUAAAUCGAGGACAAAGUCCUUCGAGAAAGCGCAGACAUAUCUUUGGUGAUGGCUUUAGUUACGGAUAUACGAUAUAUCAUUACAUUGUUCCACAAGAUUAUGACUAUGGACACAUCUAUCAUGUACCACUUCAUACUUCAUACUCUUAUGUUCCAUUUACACCAUCACCAAUCCCAAGAACACUAAGACCAACUUCUCCAUGUCAUCAUGGUCAUCAUGGAAGCAACGGCUCAUCUGAUGAGAACAAUGGCAAACCUGGAUGGACAACAACCAAUCGACCAGAUGAAAAUGCUGUUAUUCCACUUGCAACUACUCAAAGUCCAAUAAAUAUUAAACCUACUGAAAGUUUCUUGGAAGAAACUGACAAUACAGAAUAUCCACAGGAGGUCCUCAAAGUAACUGAAGCACCUGAUACAACUGAUACAACUGACAAUAUUUUUAUUAAUUUGUUUGGCACUGAAUAGUCCUGGAGAUUCCUUUUGUAUAAUAUUUAAUAAAAGAUUCUAAAAUAAAAUUAAAUUAAUCAAGAAAAUUUCAAACAAAG